UUUUCAUAGCUAUUUUCUACUUUCUUUCUGGUAUUUUGUUGGGUUUUUGCUUUGUUUCUUGCAUGAAAAUAUAAGUUCUUUUUCCGCAUUUUCUUUUUUUGGGCCAAGGAGGGUGAGUGAUGUGGUGGGCAGAGGGGCCAGUGAGGGGGUCUUUUAUUUAAUUCUUUCCAAAUUAAUGUGAAGAUAAUGUAUGAUAGAAUCUUAUUGGAAAGACAAAGUAUGUGAAUCACAUUCAGCAGAGUGGGAGAAAAGGUGAAGAAAUUUAAGAGAGGAUUUUGAAGGAUGAAUGAUAGCUCAACUAGAUAAAUAAAUGAGAGACAAACUCAAAGGCCUUGUGGUUGUGUGGGCAUUUUCUUUUAGCUCUUUGAUCGGAACCAUAGAUUUGCCAAGAAGCUGUUUCCAAAGAAACUGCUUUCACCAGCUUGCUUGAAACAAGCUUCAAAAAAGUUUGGAGGGGAUGAGAAGCAGCCAAAGCUUCGUUUGAUUGCUGAUGAGAACAGUGGGGCUUUUCCAAAUGCCAAGAAUAAUGGAAUGACCAAUACACGUUGUGAUAGCAAGCGCGAAAUGAAAGCUCCAAGUUUGGUUGCUAGGCUCAUGGGUUUGGAAUCGAUGCUAGCAGGAUCAGGCAGUAAGCCCCAAAAGGCUUCAGCUUCUGAAACUUGGAGCAAUGUGGCAGACAAACUUGGUGCUCGACCUGGCGGAUCUGAUAAAGAAGAUAUGGAUUUUGAGAUGGCUGAAAUAAAGAGUUCAGAACCAGGUUUGCAAAGGUUUAGAGCUAAAUGUGCUCUCACUUAUCCUACUAGAUAUUUUUCUCCUUUGGAAGAUGAAGCAGAUUUAGUUGGGAAUUCACUUGAUCCCCAUUCAACUGACAGCUACCUCUGCAGCAGUCCCAAUAGUAGCUUAAAGGACAAAGUGCUUGCUGAAUCAGUGGACUCUGUUGAUGAUGAACCACUCUUUCCAGAACCUAAUAGAGAUCUUUCGGAUUUUGAGACCUCAUUAUCCACCAGGAG